AUGAAGUUUGAGGAACUAAAAGUUGAACAACUCAAGAAAGAACUGAGUAAGUUGGAGCUACCAACUACAGGUAACAAAGCAGAGUUGCAGAAGAGGCUCAUAGAUGAAUUCAAGCGGCAAGAUACUGACAUCGGAGCCUACGAAUUUGAGUAUAAAGAAGAAAUGGAAGUUUCUACCCGUGCAACAACAAACAAGAGCGACCUAGAAAAACAAUACCAAGAUGUUGAUAAUAAAUUUCUCGAUCUGGAAAUGAAAAUUAAUAAUAUUCAAUGCCAAGACGGACCGGUGCGAAUUAUUUCAGAAACAUCGAGAAGAAUAAAGGCUCCUAGUUUUGAUGGCAGCACACUAUUUAAUGUGUUCAAGUUCCAGUUUGAUACAGUUGCCGUUAGAAACAUGUGGAACAAUGAAGAAAAAGCUAUAGAAUUGAUAUUGGCCUUAAAAGGGAAUGCAGCAGUAGUUCUUGAAAGCGUGCCAGCAAGCAACAGAAAUUGUUAUGAUGACAUAAUGGAGGCGGUACAACGUAAGUACGGUGGCGAACAUAAAAAAGAAUUAUACCGAAUGGAAUUGCGUGGUAGAGUGCAGAAACCCAAUGAGACGCUACAAGAUUUUGCGUUGGAAAUCGAGCGUUUGCUACAGCUUACUUAUCCAGGGAAUAACAACCCAUUUUUGGACCAUAUCAAGAUAGAGGCAUUCGUCAAUGGCAUUCGCGAUCCUGAAAUAAAACAUGCGGUUUGUGCUACAUCUAAACCAUCACUUGCUGAAACAGUCUCAUUUGCACUGGCGCAAGAAACGGCGAAAAUAAUUUCAAAUCCGCAAAUAUGCAAGGUGCGCAAUAUCGAGGUUGUUGCUGAAGACGAGAGAAAUAUAGUCGAUGAAUUAAAAAAGGUCUUGGAGGCGUUUAAUGAUAAGCAUAGAAAAGCCAGAGUAAGAUGUUAUAAUUGCGGUAAAUCUGGUCAUAUUCAGCGAAACUGCAAAGCACCGAGAAAACGAACCAGAUCUGUUUCGCCUCCAAGAAACAACCAAACCCUAUGGUACGAUACCGACAUAGGAAUGCAGCAAUAUAAAACUUCAGCAGGAGUACCCCAAGGAUCAGUGUUAGGGCCUCUGCUUUGGAACGUAAUGUACAAUGAAGUACUGGAGUUAAAUAUUCCUGAGGAGGCUAACAUCAUUGGUUUCGCCGAUGAUAUUGCUGUCGUAGUUCGCGCACAAAUGAUACCAUCCGCAUCAUCAAAACGUGGUUAA